CAAAAUGGAGGAAAAUGUCAAAAAUAUCGAUAAAAAUUCUACAAAUAUUCCUCCAAAAAUUGAAUAUGUGCGUCCAUUUGACAGGUCUCCAGACAAAGAUUUUCACCAGCGCACGGAGUAUGAGAAAAAAAUUAUAUGCUACAAUCGUGCCAUGAAAGUUAAAGUGAAAGACAAAAUUGAUCGACUUCAAAAUGAAGUUGAAGAAAGAGAAAAGGAAGUGCACACUGAGAAAAAAUUACGACAAGAGGCAGAAGAUAAACUAAAAGCCUGCUUACAAGACAUGUAUAGCAAGAAGGAGGUAAACCAAGAGUUACGGGAACGGUUGCCGAGGGCGAAUAAAUCAGAUCCAUUCAAGACGACUGAUAAUGACAUUUCGGAGACAGAUCUUAGUUCAAUAGAGGAACAGAUUGUUGUUGAGGAAGAGGACAGUAAAUCUUCCAGCAAACCCAAGCUGAGAAGUGAGGAGCAGAAGAGUCUUGAAUCGCAGGUUGUGAGAGAGAAGAAAGGAAAAUCUGCCAAAUCUCCGAGGGCCUCCCCAAAACAUUCGCCAAAAUCAUCACCUAAGUCUUCCAGAAGAAACCUUAAUUUCUCAGGGGACAGACGAUCAAGUUCAAGUCCACAGAAUGAGGCAGAAUUCCAGUCAAACAUGGAAAGGUCCUCUACCUAUCCUUUCUCAAACACAAGUCCACCUUUACGUGGAUUUUAUGGACAUCCUUAUGGUGCUAGCCCUUACAUGCCAUACAGUCUUCUUUCUGGCAACUAUCCAGGUUUGUCUGCAAACUUAGGAAAUCCAUUAUUACAUUCCACCUCACUUUUGCCACCAUCUGCUAUGCAAAGGCCUAUGUCAUCACCAGCUUUAAAUUCAAGUCUUCUGGGUGGCUCAGGGUUAUUAGAGCGCCCUCUGUCUCAAUCAGUAUCAGCCCCUACAAUGGCAGGGGCGGCAAGUCUAAACACUUCUGCAACAGACGGUCAAACUACAACAACAACAGGUGCUACUGGAGGCCAAAGUUCACAGUCUUCCCCAGAUUCUGGUCUUGGUGCGAGUGCAAAUUUUUCUGGCUAUUAUAGGCAUUAUUUCCCAACCCAGAGAGCUGGGCACACAUCUUUACUGCCUGAUCCACCAUUUAUAGCUUCUGGAUCACCCAGAUUACACAUGGGUACUGGAACCAGUCUUGGAGCAGGAGCAGGUACCAGUCUAGAUCCAGAUCAGAACAAACAUAUAACCAGUCUCCUCAGUGAAAUAGAUUCCCAGAAACAGGAAACAAGGAAGUUGAAGAAUGAGCUACAAGACAAGGAGACUGAGAUAGAGACAUUGAAAUUGACGUUGAAAGCUAAAGGUGUGGAUCAGAAUACAGAGCUGUCAAAUGCUCAUAAAGCAGCAGAUCUGGUCGAGGAGGUGUACGCAGCCCAGAAGAAGCGAGAUGAUGCCACUGUGGCCAGGAUGAAGAUUGCAAACGAGGAAAGAGAUGACAUACUGGCUCGUUUACAACAGUUGGAAACCAGGCUUGAUUCACACAGGGAUGAAAGUUCAAUGUUUCUGGAUCGGUCAGACAUAGAUAUACAGAUGGAUGAUGAGCAGAUAGAUAAUGAGGAUAUGUAUUUAUUGUUGUCCAGACUGGACUCUCCCUCUUCGGGUGAAAAUGAAGCAGCCACACUAAUGAAGAAGGUGGAGACGAUGCGGCAGAGACAAAGGGAGGUUACUCGGGAGGAAAUGCAAAUUGUCAUGGAACAGAGAGAUAUUGCUCUUGCAAAGUGUCGGAAGCUGGAGGAGGAACUGUUACGUUACCAGAAGGAGAGUGACGCUGAUGGUGGCAUGGAUAAAUCUAUAAAGGCCAAACUUGCCGCUGUUCAACAAGAAAGGGACCUGGCAGUUGCCAAAUCCAAACAACUUGACGACGAAAUUCAGACGAUACGUAUUUACUACAGCUUGCACAAGUCCCUCGCCGCUGAGAACUCCUUCAAACAGCAGGCCAACGACACCGUCAACUCCUACCAAGAAGAGCUCCGUGUAACAAAACAGGAGCUGCAAGCUGCACAGAAAGAAAAUAGCCGCCUCGUAUCACAGCUUCGUACAACAACGAUCGACAAGAAACAGCUGGAACAAGCUCUGGAGUCAGUGUCGCAGGACAAGGAAAGACUCCAGAGACUUGCUAAUGUUUUGAAAAGAAAGCUGAACAAUCUGUCAAAUGAGCCUCCAGAGGAUAAUCAGCAUUGAUGAUAUGUCCUCUGCUUCUGCUGUUGUUGUUGUUGUAGCUGUGAUAGGUGUAGAGCUACUAAAUAUUUACCUUCUGCAUUCUAUGUAAAUCUACUUUACUGUUAAUACAAGUGUGGCAAUACAGAAAAGCAACCUUUUAAAUAAAUGAAGUGUCCUCUGCUGCUGCAUCUGUUGUAGCAUUAAUAGA